AUGGCGGCUGUGCUACAGAAACCUACGCAACUUGUGGUACCGAGCUUCACCGCCGGUGACAUCGAGGCUGACGAUGAAUGGAAUGCGCAAAGCUCAUGGGACAUGAAAGUUGAGGUCCCCGCAGAACUCACAGGAUAUGUUGAUGCGAACAUACUAGCUUGCAUGCCUCCGGGAACGAUUAUUGACUCCAUUCGGCCACACGGCUCGAGCUAUUGGUCCGCAACCGCAGAGAUCCAGGCCACACUGGAAGGCGAGCCCAGGUCCUACUUCGUCAAGGCUACCCAAAAUAAGUUUGGCAAGAAGAUGUUCAGAGGCGAAUAUGAAUCUGCCAAGGCAAUACACGAUGCCUGCCCUGAUUUCUGUCCGCCGCCCAUUGCGUGUGGAACUUACCAGUCGGUGCCAAACACUUAUUUCUUCCUCAGUGGGUUUAUCGACAUGUUAGAUGAUCUUCCAGACCUGGGGCUUUUCCCCCAAAAGUUGGCCGAAAUGCACAUGAAAGCCAUAGCCCCCGAUGGCAUGUAUGGCUUUCAUGUUCAGACCAUGACAGCAUUGCUGCCCCAGUAUGUGACCAAAUCGGCUUCAUGGGAGGAGUUCUUUACAGGUUAUAUGCGUCACCUUAUGAUGGCAGAGACUUUUGCCCAAGGUCCGCUCAGCGACGAACUCAACAGACUCGAGACCGUCUUUCUGGAGCACAUUAUCCCUCGCCUGUGUAGACCGCUCGAAACAGGCGGGAGAAGUAUAGAGCCAAGGCUUUUGCACAGUGACCUAUGGGAUGGAAAUGCGGCCAUUGAGGCGGAGACAGAGAAUCCCAUUAUUUUUGAUCCUUCAUGCUUCUAUGGCCACAACGAAUUCGAAAUCGGCGUAUGGCGCUGUCCUCGACAUAAGACAGGCAAGCCUUAUAUAGAAAACUACCACCGAUAUUUCGCCAAGUCGAACCCGGAGGAGGAUUAUGAUGGGCGAAAUCUUAUGUACCUUCUGUCCUUUGAAACCCGGGCAUCUGCAUGUUGGGUUGGGAGGGGGAUGUUCCGAGAAUCAAUGAUUUGUUUGCUCAAGGAGCUAGAGCAGAAGUUUCCUGAAAGCUACGAGGAGUGGGCGAAGGCAAGAGGGGAAUCCGUGUGUGAGCGUAAGGCUUCCACACCUCCAUCGUAG